CUCUAACUGGUAUGUGGAAAUAAUAGCGUUCACGGAAGAAGAAACGCCUGGAGUGUGUUUUCGCUUCAAUUUCACAUAUUAAACAGGCUAGUUGAAGACAGGUUGUGCUAGUUGGACUGAAUAGACACCGAAGGAAAAACAGACAUGAGUUAUCCCCCCUAUGGACCACCCGGUGGCUACCCCCCAGCAGGUGGAGCCUACCCCCCAGGUCAAGGUGGUUACCCUCCUGCAGGAGGUGCCCCUUCCUACCCCGCAGCCCCAGGUGGCUACCCAGGGGCACCGGUGGGAAUGCCCACACCUGAGUCAGCUUCAGCAGCAGCAUAUGGUUCCGCCCCAGGAGGACUCCCCUAUGCCCCACAGCCAGGCGCCCCAGGUGGGCUGGGAUUUGGUGGCCCGAUGCCAGGCGGCCAACCCCAGGUAGCGAUGCCAUCAGGGCCCAGUGCCAGUCAGCCAACAUACCAGAUGCCAGGACAGGGAGGAUACCCACCCCAGGCCUACAACGCCCCCCCACAACCAGGCUAUGGACAGCCCCCUGGGGGUGGCUUCCCAGGCCAGGCGCCUCAGGCUGGAGGAUAUCCAGGUCAGGCCCCACAACCUGGGUAUGGUCAGCCUCCUCAGGUGGGUGGUUUCCCUGGUCAAGCCCCCCAGGCAGGGUAUGGUCAACCUCCCCAGGCAGGUUACGGUCAGCCUCCUCAGGCAGGGUAUGGUCAGCCUGCAGGGUACGGGUCAGCACCAGCACCAGCACCAGGGGGAUAUCAGCCCCAGGGCUCAGCUCCCCCACAGCAAGGAGGCCACCAGCCACCCUCAGCAGCCUAUGGUGGAUAUGGAAAUCCGGGAGCUUCACAUUCAGCUUAUAAACCAGUGGAAAGCGGGACACUGAGGCCAGCCAGUAACUUCAAUGCUGAGACAGAUUGCCAGAAACUGAGGAAGGCUAUGAAGGGAAUUGGUACUGAUGAGAAGGCUAUCAUUGAUAUUCUGGGAUAUCGCAGCACAGACCAAAGACAGCAGAUCAAACUGAUGUAUAAGACAUGCUUUGGCAGGGAUCUGCUUCAAGACUUGAAGAGUGAGCUGAGUGGUCACUUCGAGGACGCCUGCAUCGCUCUGUUGUACACACGGGAAGAGUACGACGCCUAUGAGUUGAGGAGAGCCAUGAGGGGAGCCGGCACUGAUGAAGCAGCACUGAUAGAAAUCCUGUGUACCAGGAACAACAAACAGGUCCUUGCCAUGGUUGCAGCUUACAAAGCCAUGUAUGGCCGAAAGUUGGAACAGGACAUCAUCAGUGAAACAUCAGGACAUUUCAAGAAGCUUCUUGUGUCCAUGACAACUGGAGGCCGGAUGGAGAACCAGCCUGUGGACCAGGCUAAGGCCCAGCAGGAUGCCAAGGCAUUGUAUGAGGCAGGCCAGAAGAGAUGGGGAACAGAUGAGAACACAUUCAACCGUAUCCUGGCAGCACAGAGCUAUGACCAGUUGCGGGCAGUGUUUGAUGCCUACAGUCGGAUUGUCAACCAGGACAUCGAGAAGGCGAUCAUUUCGGAGAUGUCUGGGGACCUGGAGAGGAGCAUGCUUACGAUCGUGAAGGUCGUGAGAAACAAAGCCGCCUAUUUUGCAGACAGACUCUACUAUUCUAUGAAGGGUGCAGGAACCGAUGAUCGUACGCUGGUCAGGGUUGUUGUUACGAGAGCUGAAGUGGAUAUGAUUCAGAUCAAGGAGGAGUUUGCAAAACGCUUUGGCAAGACACUGGAGAGCUUCAUCAGGGAUGACACAUCAGGCGACUAUAGAAGAAUUUUGAUGGCGCUCGUUGGAGCCUCCCGAUAAGCCUACAACAGUUCCUUGAUUUAGCCAAAAUGCUUCGGCCCUCACAGUCUUGCUCAAAUACUGACCAAAUAAUUUGUUCCGUUCUGCUUUGUGUGGCACACAUUGUGAUUUAUCUCUGUUAUGAUAAAGAGAUCAUUCAUACCAAUCACCUUCAUUUGACUGUUGAGUUUUUAAUAUGAUCAUGAUGAUGAAAAACUCAAUGUGUUACUCAAGUACACACAAUGUUUUCUUGCAAGUUAAUACUGUAACGAUUUCUAUGAUCACAAUUGGGAAUGAACCAUAUUGUUACAUAUUCUUUGUCUAUGUUUGAUAUAUAAUAUUCUAGUAAUUAUAGCUGUUGUCAAGUUGUAUUGUUUAUGAACAUGAUGAAGAGACAGGUCAUUGUGUGUAGAGUUGCCAGUACCUUUUAAUAAUCUGAUCUUAUAUCACCACUAUAGUCAUGUCCAACAAGUUGGCUGCCUAUUUUGGACAUUUGAUUUAUGUACAAUAACUGGAUUUGCUGUGCAGAUUUCGGUCAAUUGCAGGAUUUGCAAAGCAUAUGUAUUGAUAACUUAGCGUCAACAGAUAUUUUCCAAAUCUUUUAAUGUUUUUAAUCAAGGUGCUCAUAUGAGUUGAUGCACUUCUCUAAAAAAGACACAUUUUAUUACAAUAUAGAUCUUGAUUAUCAAUCGGAUCAUCUUCUCUUCGUCGCCUUUUUAUUUGAAGAAAAUGCAAGUGAUAUGAGAGGUGGAAUCUGAUCAGUAAAUAGGAAAAAUAUAGAAGCGACAUAAGUUGUAAUGACUUGUGGCGCUACGAUCGAGCGCAGAAAAUCCAGUCUAGUUCGGCAAGGGUGGAAACUGGACUUGUGGCCAUGUCUAUCCCUGCAACACACGCUCAUUUCCCCUCCCCACACCUGCAAUAUGAAAACAAAUACAUUAUUGUAGUCCAAGUGUGACUACAGGCAACAGUAACUGGUUAUGUGAUAGUAUACAUGUACAUUCAAUCACUCCAUGGUAAGAAAAGUUAACCUUUGUGUUGUGUAUGAAGUCAGUGGCAGAUUUGUGAUCAGCAGCUGAAAUCAUUUCAUACUUUUUUCAUGCACACUAUAUACAGAAUGGCUUGACAGAACAUUGUAUAUCAUUUUUAUGAAAGCGUAUUCAAAUAAUGGAAAGGAAUCACGCAGCUAUUACUGAUAGAAGAUGUAACCACCAUGUUAUUGUCUUCAUACGAAAGUUUGUUGUAAUAUACACCGACACAAAAUAAUGUCUCAAUCAUACUCUAUUAAUAGUAUGAAGAAUGAUGCUUGUUACUAAACUGAGAUUUACAGGUUUGUUUUAAUGCAUUAAUCUCAAUAACCCAAACAACUUGAUAUUUUUCAGUUAUAUCAGGCCCAUUUUUACACAAAAUAUAUAUAUAGGAAAUCCAUGUUGUGCUUAUUGCAAUCAUAGCAUGUUUGUUUAAGGCCAAUUAUUUUCAUAAAUGGAAAUACCAUCAUUGAAUGUAAUAAUGAAUGACAUUACCAUUACUCAUCACGACAGCUUCCUCAAAUAUAUGACUCCACCACUACAAAUAGUGAAGCUGUCUGAGGGGUUCAAGACAGAUCACUAUCUAAAUAGGGAAUAAUCAGUCUGAUCCUAUGUCACUGGACAAUGGUCUGCCACAAGGUAGCAUGGUAAGCCACUCCCUGUUUAACAUCAUGAUCAAUGAUGUAUUUGAUCAUGUCGACUCUCCUACCCUGAAUUCGUUGAUGAUGGAGCAAUAUGGGUUAAACAAUAAUGGGUCAACCAGCAUCACGUAGGACCUCAUGACUCACGUUGAAGUAGCUUGGAGGUCAGUUUAACAUGGUGGUCACUGACCGACCACACCACUGGCCAGACCUCCACAUGUCUCAGUUGUAUAUCACAUGUCUGGUCUUGCGUUCUUGAGCUAACUGCAUGGAUACUUUCUCAGAACCACAAGAGAUGUUCAUAUCAUUCCUUGUUAAUUUUGCAAUUUUUAAUUUUGCUUUGCUCAGGUUUGCUUGUUGUGUUUUUGUUGUGUUGUGUUGUGUUGAAGCUCCUUUUCCCACACUAUCACCUGGUAGCAUGCCAUCACAGUCAUCAUGAUCAGAAACCUUUCUUGCUGUAUGUCUCAAGUUUAUUACUGAUGGCUUUAGAGAUGUAGAUUUCGCUAUUAACGACUUGUCGUUUCAGCAAUGUAACCCUGUCUGAGCUAUAGCUAUCUCUGUGUUUUGUCUUUCACCUAGGAUGACAUCUCGGGUGACUAUAGGAGGAUCAUGAUGGCUAUGGUUGGCGGAGUCCCAUAAAGAAAUGUACGUCAGCAUCCUAUCCCUCUGAAGGUCAUACAUUGCAUGCUUGUUUCAGCAGCUGUUUGGACUAGUAUAGUGGCAUUAGGAUUGAUUCUUUCAGGGUAGAAUCCCAUGCAUAUAUCUCAAAAUGUUAUCAGUUUCAGCAAUACUGAAAUUCAGUGUAAAAUGUUAUCAAAAGUUUGACAAUAGACUGAGAUUCAUUUGUUAACUUCAUAGUUGUGUCUGGCGUUUUUUCAUGAGAACAAUUUGAACUAAUUACACUGUUAAUAUACCUCUCAAAAUAUGUUGAACACUGGAUUGUUUCAUAUGACUAAAGUUAAUCUUUAUGACAGAUCAACUAUAGUCAUUUGAAAAAAACCAUGGAGUGUUCUUUAACUUAUUUUGAGUAGUAUAAAACAAAAUUCAGAUUUUUUGUAUGUCAAUGGUAAAAUAUGUAAGUGUUUAAACAGAAGUUAAACAUCUCUCAGUCAACAACUUUUGACAAUGUGUUUGCAAGCAUGGUCGACUGCCCUAGAUAUUUUAUUGUGUCCAAAAAAAGAAAGAAAUCCUAAACAGCAGUGUUUGGUUGAUGCAAUGAUGCCUUUGAACCAGGAUUUGUGAGAGCAGUUAAUGUGAAGGUGUCAAAAUCAAGACUAAAGAUUUUUUACUGGUAGUUCUUAUAGGAAUCUCACUAGUGCCUGGCCAUUGUGCUUAGAACAUUCGAUAAUUUGCAACUGAUGAGGAAUUUUGAUAGUGGUUCACUAAUAGUUGCUGACACAGCAGAAAUGCUUCUCUCACUUUAUUUUAGCCUUCACGGUCUAUGCUUGUCUGAUUAUGCAAGGAGUAUGUAAUUUCAUUCCUGCGUAAUGUUUAUAGUUAUCUAUGAUAUGCUUAGGACAGUUAAAACAUACACCAAAAACAAUAUCUGCUGAUAUUUCCAAUUUAGUGCUGAUGGUUGACCAUUACGCAUGUAUUCUGUAUGUGUGUUUUUGUGAAAGUUCAGUGACCAAUUGCUGACAUUAUAGUGCUAUAUACGUACCUCCUUUUUAAUCAGCAUUGUAAUAAGUGAAAAAAUAAUUAUUAAUUUUUCUAACAACAGUUUCUUGCAGAUUGCACAAUAGGUAAAAGAACAUCCAAAUAUUCGUAGGUGCUAGUAUCUUACUAAGUCAGGCUAACAUAGCCAGAAUCUUCGGGUAAUAUUAAGACAAGUCAUAGUUUUUAAACAAGGUUGAGAUUAGAGUGCUUCCUGUAAUGGUUCCACAUACACAGUAAGUUACAGAGGCUGAUCAGAAGAAUUAGCUGGUAGUGUAAUUAUAUGUUUUUGUCUAAAUUUGUAUCCAACAUAUGCAAAUUAUAUGUGUAUUUGUGAUUUCACCCAGAACGAUUUUAUUCAAUUUAUUUAACCAUGAAUGUUUUCUGAUCAGGUGUGAGCUAGCUGUAAUUGUUCAUCUGUAUCAAAUAUGAACAAUUAGAUAAGAAUCUAUUACCUUCCUUAUGGAGAAUAUGAUGCAUCACAUUUUACUAUAAUAAAAGUGCCUUCACUGCUCUUUGAACUCAUAUUAAGCUGUCCUCCAUCAGUCUCUCUUCAUGUACAGUUAGUUUUGAGUUUCAGUAAAUGACAAGCAGGGUAUGAAUUUUGAAAGGUACAUGGACUCCGAUCUGUGGUGGGUUGCUAAUCUGUGGCAGGAAUUAUUAUACGAGAUCCUGUCGGAGAAGUCAUCUUAUAAACAGGAUGUCAUUCCCACUGUUCUACUGUUGAUGUCUCAUAGCCAUACUGCCUGUGUAUUUGUGUUGAUUCACUCUUACUAUGAUAGACCUUUUACAAAUUUUUGCAUCAAUUUCCUUAAGGGUUUGGAGAAUGAUAUUCAUUCAAGAUCUAAUAUUGUAUUUUUCAUUUCAAUUCUCGACGUAGUUUGGUAAGAUUUUGCCACAGAUAGAAGUAUGUCACAGAUCUGAGAAUCUGCUACAGAUCUUGGUCCUACAUGAUCCGAGUCCAUAUCCACGCCAUCACAAUCCUAGGGAUCAGUUUGCCAACUGACUGUUCCGAUGCCAAUAACAGUGAUGCACUGAUGAUUAAUGGUUCCUGCAAGUUUGGCACCGAUGAGAAAAUGGUUUACUACUUUGAGUUGCCCUAUCUGAUUACAUUUGUCAUCAAUGUAUGUACCAUUCUCAGGAAUUUAUUCUUUUGCAUUCUUCAAUUGAUAUAAUACCAAUUUUGGUGUGUUUUUGAAAGCCUGUUUACUAUCUCCGAGGAAGCCAUGGAUCAGCCCAGUUGGGAUGAGGAUAAUUCAGAAUGGCCUCUCAUGUCAGUUAAUCUCUAUAAGUAAAUCUGAAAUCUAUGUGGUGAAUAUUUCCACAAAAACAAAUAAAAUGACUUUCCUGAGUAUUCUUGAGGAUCACCAGAAUGUCACCUGUCUCUCAGGGGCCCUGUGACACAAAGGUAUCUUAGCAGUAUUCUUAUCAUAAGUCUAAGUUGGGUUAAGCAUUGCUUUGUGAGAGGGUCCCUGUUUGGGAGGUUACGACAAACAGGAUCCAUUUACGAAAAUUUGGGUGCAUCACUGCAACAACAUGUAUAGGCAUAACACUGAUCUGACGUACUUUCUUUAACAAUUACCUAUAUAUAUAUAUAUAUAUAUAUAUCCUGGCCUUGCAGCCAUUCGUCUUUACUGUUCAAGCCAGUAUCAUUAUCCUGAAAUAUGUAGCAAUGUAAUUCCUGUCCUGUUGAAAUAUAUCUUGAGCUAGACAUAAAGGGCCUGUUUUAAUAUUUACUUUGUCAAUAUCUGAAUGUUGUUUGUUUUUGUUAACCCUUGACCUGUCAGUAAUACCUUGUCAAUAUAAUAUCAAUAUCAAAUCUAUUUCAACAGGUACCAUGUUUUUUUGGUACAACCUUGACACUUAGAGAUCUCAAUUCCAGUAUCAAUAUCUAUUUUGCUAAUAUGUUCAUAUGCAAAAGAGGCACAUAAAUCAAAGGAUGUUUUUCUUACUUGAAGAAAAAUGAUUCCUUCCCAUCUGUUUUAUUGUGAUGGACUUGCAUGCCUGGUAACACAUUUCUUUUAAUCAUCUACAUAACUGCUUUAUCUUUCCUUUGUCUUAACCACCUGAAAUGAGAUGAACUGCUUUGAAGAGAAAGGCAUGUGAAGACAUACACAGAACAAUGAGACCUCCUCAUUACGAAAUCAUGAUAUAGUGUUCCCUUGCUAUUGUGCCUUUCAAUAUAGCCCUAAUUCGGUUAUAGCGCACAGUAACGCAUGGCUCCUAAAAUUUAUUUACAUUUUUGAUAAACUUUUUAUUAAAAUGGUACAUCAUCAUGUCUAGCGAUGUUUUAGAGCUGAAGAUAUACAAUGAGUUUUUUUAUAGCGAACAACACUUGAUAAAUCAUUUUUUACACAAUGAAUCAUAAACACCUCCUUUUCUAAUCUUUUUUUCAAACUCGGAAACGUGCACCGUAGAUCAUGUUAGGGAGGCAGAGCAUGAACUGUUGUGUUGGUCAUCAACCCCCAACGACUCCACCUCGUUACAUCGCUGAUCGAUGAUCUAUAACGCUCAUCAAUUAUUAAGGUAGCGUUGUGGCAAGGGAUCACUGUAAUAGAAUUGCGAAAAUAUAUAUACAUCAGGGAUAUAUUGAUGCAGCAUUGUUUCAGCAACCUUUGGAGUUAUCCUUGUGUAAUUAUUGUAAAAGAUGUGAACAGUGUGCUCGUGAUUCUUGUUUCCAACUGUCCCGUCCAGUGAAGUAUUGUGGUAUUAUCAAGUGGCAUAGCACAACAUCCGAACGCAGUGUGAGGCUUGUAUGUUUGUCUGGAUGCACACUGGCAAUAAUUAGAAUGAAUAAAAUUAUGUGUGUUUGAGAAUGGUGAGUUGCUUGUUCAGCGGAAAAUUUAUAACUUGUCCACAAAUAUUUUUCGAGACAUGUAUUUGUAUUUCUGUAAAUUGUUACAGUUUAAAGAGGCUGCCAGUAUAGUUUGACAAGAAAUGAUUUUCUACUCCUAAAUAUUUGAUCACUUCGAAACGUUUGAAUACAAUUUUUUUUAUGCCCAAAUCAGUGUUUCCUUUUUUCAGUCCCACAAUCCAGACAACACAAUUUUUCUUGGUAUAAAAAAUCGCAAUCCAAAACAACAAAAAUUAAUAUAAAUAUUAUCACCUGCCAUGUGCAUUGUCUUGGCGAUCCAUUGGACUGGUGAUCCUUUGGACCAUGUCUUAUUUGAUGGUGUUGUGACAUUUCAGGUCACACAGACAUGUAUGUAUUUUACUGAGCAGUUUAUUUUCAGGUCAUGUAAACUAUUGUCAAUUUCAUUUUUAUGUUGUUAAUAGCCUGUCACUUUCACCCUAUAGUGUAGUCAGUUUCUGUGUAUGUUUUACCUACUUCUAUUAUGCAUCUUUAUCUACAGGAGUGAUAUAUGUUAAGAGUACAUGCUGACUCCCACGUUAAACACAUUUGUUAUUAAUCAAUCUCUACUAUUACUUGUCUGUUAGAAUUUGUAAUUUAUUAUUAAUCUUGAAAAUAAAACCUUAUACACCUUC